AUGGGACGUCACGUCAGCUGCCGUCGUGUCGGGAUUGGAAUGUUACCGACUAACAAUCGGAACAACUGAGCACUCGGUAACUGGACACUAAGAUCAAGGAAUCCCGUUUUUUGAACAUUGUCCUAGCUGUUUACCCGGUCUGAGGGUGGCGUCUGUUUGCUUCGUGUCGACCGGAUAACUUCGCCUGCUGCGUGGCUCCCCGCCGAUGAGGUUUUUUUGUUUUAUAUCAGCGCGUUUGAGGGUAUGUGGCGAGGUUGUAAUAAAUAAGAAGAGAAAUGCAGGGAUUCGUCAGGUUACAGUUGUAGCCUACCGCUGAGCGGCCCCGGCGCUACGACGCUUCCCCCGGUUUUUUGAUUCUCUUCACACGGGACCAUGGACUGAUAAAAGAGGGGGAAUAGGACGAAAUCAGCCGGAGGCAUUUGGUUUCAAGCGCGGCGGCCACACCGCUGGGGUUUCGCACUCCCUGGUCAAUGUGUUACCGAGUUUAACAUCCAAACCCCAAAAAGCUGUACCCAUACCUUUCCGUCUGGGAGAGCCUCUGGGACCCCCUGCCGCUGUUUAUCCGCUGAAGAGAGUUCCCAGACGGCUGUCGGUUCGUUUUUCCAUUUGAGCUGCCCUGGACAGCCAGCCUGGAUGAGGCUGGGGAGACGCGCCGGGGAAGAGAGUCGCUGCAUGUGAUUGUGUCCGAGGGUCCGCUGGCCAGCACUGAGCUUUCUGGGCACCUCAGCCCCGCUGUAGGCGCUGUGCGAUAUGGUGAAACUCUACAGAAGAGGGAGAACGGGACAUUACUUUUAAAAUCGCCCACAUGCACUGGAUCAAUUGCUGGAUUUGGGAACCGAUUAAGCAGAAGGAGGGUUGGGGAUCCUUGGAGGCUGCCGGAGGAUGGAGCGGUGUAGCCGGGGUUGGUGAGAGCCUAACUUCGGGCCACUUUACAUUUCUUAUUCCUAAACAAUUCGCCCCUGUUCCCAGGACACAUGCAGGCCAAAAAACGCUACCUGAUCCUGCUCUCCGCCGGUGCAUGUCUAGUGCUUCUCUUCUACCUCGGUGGGGUUCAACUUCCAGCGGCGAGCAGGAGCCGACACGACCGCAGCCGAAAUGGGUACCGACCCGACCAGCCUUGGCCUCACUUCUCGGACCCUUUACAUCUUUUCCUGCCCUGGGACCAGACGGACACCGAGGAGUACAACCUGCACAUUUCUCCGAGGCAGAAGAGGGACGUCAACACGAGUGUUUACAAAGGCAAACGGUGCCGCAUGGAUUCAUGCUUUGAUUUCUCUCUGUGUCAAAAGAACGGAUUCAAAGUGUAUGUUUACCCGCAGCAGAAGGGGGAGAAGAUCUCAGAGAGUUAUCAGAAUAUUUUAUCGACCAUUGAGGGGUCAAGGUUUUACACCUCAGACCCCGGGCAGGCGUGUCUGUUUGUCCUGAGUUUGGACACUCUGGACCGAGAUCAGCUGUCCCCGCAAUACGUCCACAACCUGAAGACCAAGGUCCAGAACCUGCCUCUGUGGAACGACGGCAGGAACCACCUCAUAUUUAACUUGUACUCGGGAACGUGGCCGGACUAUACGGAAGACUUGGGCUUUGACAUCGGUCAGGCCAUGUUGGCCAAAGCCAGUAUCAGCACCGAGAACGCCAGGCCCAACUUCGACGUGUCCAUCCCCCUCUUCUCCAAGGACCACCCGAGGACCGGCGGAGAGAGGGGGUACCUCAAGUACAACUCCAUCCCGCCUUUUAGAAAAUACAUGCUGGUGUUCAAGGGGAAGCGCUACCUGACAGGUAUCGGCUCGGACACCAGGAAUGCCUUACAUCACGUCCACAACGCAGAGGAUGUGGUGCUGCUCACCACCUGCAAGCAUGGCAAGGACUGGCAGAAGCACAAGGACGCACGCUGUGACAAGGACAACGCAGAGUAUGACAAGUACGACUACAAGGAGAUGCUUCACAACUCCACCUUCUGUUUGGUGCCCCGCGGCAGACGACUGGGCUCUUUUCGCUUCCUCGAGGCGCUGCAGGCUGCUUGUGUGCCGGUGAUGCUGAGUAACGGUUGGGAGCUGCCUUUCUCCGAGAUCAUUGACUGGAACACAGCCGCAGUGAUCGGCGACGAGAGGCUCCUGCUGCAGAUCCCGACCACAGUGCGCUCCAUCCACCAGGAUAAGAUCCUAUCCCUCAGACAGCAGACUCAGUUCCUCUGGGAGGCCUACUUCUCCUCUGUGGAAAAAAUAGUGCUGACCACACUGGAGAUCAUCCAGGACCGCGUGUUUGAACACGGCUCCAGGAGCAGCCCAAUGUGGAAUAGUCACCCUGGGGGACUUUUUGCCCUGCCGCAGUACUCAGGAUACCUGGGAGACUUCCCCUUCUACUACGCCACACUGGGUAUAAAACCGUACCCCAAGUUCACAGCGGUCAUCCAUGCCGUCUCUCCUCUGGUAUCUCAGUCCCAGCCCAUACUCAAGCUCCUGGUAGCUGUGGCCAAGUCCCAGUACUGUGCACAGAUCAUUGUCCUGUGGAACUGUGACAAGCCUCUUCCGGCCAAGCACCGCUGGCCUGCCACCUCAGUGCCCGUCAUCGUCAUAGAGGGAGAGAAUAAGGUGAUGAGCUGUCGUUUCUUGCCCUACGAGACCAUAGUGACCGAUGCUGUCCUCAGCCUGGAUGAAGACACAGUGUUGUCCACCACAGAGGUGGACUUUGCCUUCACGGUCUGGCAGAGUUUUCCAGAGCGAAUCGUAGGUUACCCCGCUCGCAGCCACUUCUGGGACAGCAACAAGGAGCGUUGGGGCUACACAUCCAAAUGGACCAACGAUUAUUCAAUGGUGCUGACAGGGGCCGCCAUCUAUCACAGAUAUUACCAUUACCUGUAUACCAACUACUUACCCACUAGUCUGAAGGGCAUGGUUGACCAGCUGGCCAACUGUGAGGACAUCCUGAUGAACUUCCUGGUCUCUGCUGUCACCAAGCUGCCGCCCAUCAAGGUUACGCAGAAGAAACAGUACAAGGAGACAAUGAUGGGACAGUCUUCGAGGGCUUCUCGCUGGGCCGAUCCGGACCACUUUGCCCAACGGCAAACCUGCAUGAACAAGUUCGCCAGCUGGUUUGGCGCCAUGCCUCUGGUUCACUCCCAGAUGAGACUGGACCCUGUCCUGUUCAAGGACCAGGUCUCCAUUCUCCGCAAGAAAUACAGGGACAUCGAGAGGCUCUGACAGGACCGGCGCCCCCUAGGGGGAGACCCUACGCAGGGGGAGGUGCGUGAGAGAGACCUUGUGGAGAGUAGUAGUAGUAGUAGGACUACAGCAGGAUGGACAGGGAGCGACACAGCUCGGUCUUCCACUCAGCACAUUGCCAAUGACCACAGCGCCGCUGCUGCCAGGACUUGACAUGGAAAGGGAUGAAUGAGAAACAAGCAGGUGGCAUUUGGAUAUGAAAAAUAUAAACAAAAAUUUCAAACACAGACAGACAAAGAGGAGUACACAAACUGAUGGACAUGCCAAACAGUACUGUAUGUUUUGCAAAUGUGCAAACACACAGCACACACUACUGACAACAAGAACUCUUGGAAAGCAUAUUUUUUUGUACAACAUGAACAUGGAUGACAUUGACUUUCCUGCUCUCUUGGCACGUGUGCAGGUCGGUAGAAGAGGGAAGGUGUCCACGAUUGCAAAUCUGGCAACCCCACCACCAUAAAUCCUACUGGUCGCCCCUAGCUAUCCUCCCCAGUAUGCAUCAAGACGUAAUAUUCAACUACCAAAAUCCCUGCUUUAUAGCCCCGGAUACCCUGUUCACAAGUUGAUUUGAUUUCUGUACAAAUCAGCUCUCUGGUGUCACUGUCGACCCUUUCUCCUCUCUGAGAGGUAAUAUUUUUAUUUCCAAGGUUGAAAAUGUAAACAGAUGUGUCCUGACAAGGUUUUUAUAGCAGAGCUGCCAUUAUUUCUUCAAACUGUUGGCCAUCAACACACAUCCUUGAGCCGGAAAACAUCCUGUCUGUCCUAUCCUUGGCUCAUUUCUUGAUGUGCUGAUAUGGCUUUUAUAAUGUCUAUCUGCAUCCCUGUUAUCACAAAGAUAAGUUAGAAAAACAUCUUGUUUCAUAUUCCAUUUUCCUCUCAUUCUCCCCACAGCAGUUGUACUUUUCUCAUCUUUUUUUUCUUACUUACUUUCUAUCUGUUAUUUUACCCAUUCAAACUCUGUACUUUCCAUCUUGUGUGUGUGUGUGUGUGUGUGUGUCCUAAAAACAUGUUUGCUCCUCCAACCAUAGAGUACAUUUUCCCUCCGCUGGAAUGAGUGAAAUGGAUGGAUGAAAUUGAGCAAAACGUUGCAUUUAAACCCAAACUUGUUUCUGCCCAUUUAUUUCUUCCUGCAUGGCCUCCAAACUUACUUACAGGUAGAGAUGGAAUCAAAUUUCAGCCCAUAGCAGGUCUUUAGUGACCAGCUUCAUUUCACAGAUGUGCUUGUGGAGAGAUUUUUAACGCUGAGUGCAUCAGUGCCAUUCUGACAUCAAGGUCUGCCUUUAAAAUUGUUUAUUGCACAUCACGUUGCCUACAUCAGUUUGAGAUGCCUAGAUGCUCUUAAGUUGAAAUAUUGUAGUCAUCAGCCAUGUGGCUCUCUUGCCACCAGGAUUAUUAUUUUUUUCCGUGACAUAUCAGAGGACCUCAGACCCAUUAAAUUGACAAAAGGUUUUCUCUUCCAUUUGUCAGACAGAGAUACGUUGUGGCUUCAAUUAGGUAAAGCUAUUUCAUUUUAAGUGCUGUUUUAUUCCCAGGGGACACGCUGUUGAUGAAACACUCUCACAUUAUGGACCAUUGUGUUGUGGAAGCAGUGACCCACAAACAUGACCUGCUGGCUAAUGCUAGCCUUCAAAGGACCGUUUUUUUUUUUUUUUUCCUGUACUGCUUGUCUGUUACUUAUAACAGCUGCUCACAUCACAAUCGUAUUCACAUCACACUGCCUGACAUUUUGCACCUUAAAUUACUUUAUUGGUAUUGCAUAACCAUAUUAAAAUGCUAAAAUAA